AUGGUGUUUUACAAAAUCACAUUAAACAGAUCUCUCAUCGGUAUGCCACACACAACAAAGAGCAUUGUCAAAAGUCUGGGGUUGGGUAAGAGAGGUUCCAUAGCAUAUAAAAGAGUGAAUCCGGCUAUAGCCGGCUCCCUAGCCAAAGUGAAAGAAUUGAUCAUGAUAGAAGUCACAGAGCAUGAAUUAACAUCAACUCAACAGCGAGAGUUAAGAAAGUCAAAUCCUGGGUUUGUAGUGGAGAAAAGAGCCACUCUUUGGAGCAAUCAGAAGUGA